UGUUCCUUCUUCUCUCGAUUAGCGCUUUUGCUUUAUCGUAAUUUAUGAUUCUCUGUUCUUCAGAACUUGAUUCGGUUAUUGAAUUGAAUUAGUUGAGAUUAGCCGAUAGAUCUCUUGUUGAUUUUGAUUAUUAUGGUUGGUUGUGUUUGAUUCAUCCAGAUCUGCGAUUGAUUUCUUCAUUGCGUGUUUGUAUAUUGAAACGAUUAGUUAAUUUACGCAAUUGCUCUGAGUUAUUAUUGAUGUUAGCUUUGUGAAUUACAGAUGCAGAUCUUCGUUAAGACUCUCACCGGAAAGACCAUCACCCUCGAGGUGGAGAGCUCGGACACCAUCGACAACGUCAAAGCCAAGAUCCAGGAUAAGGAAGGCAUCCCCCCCGAUCAGCAGAGGUUGAUCUUCGCCGGAAAGCAGUUGGAGGAUGGACGUACUCUCGCUGACUACAACAUCCAGAAGGAGUCUACUCUCCACUUGGUGUUGCGUCUACGUGGAGGCAUGCAGAUCUUUGUCAAGACACUGACGGGAAAGACGAUUACUCUAGAGGUCGAGAGUUCCGACACCAUUGACAACGUCAAGGCCAAGAUCCAAGACAAGGAAGGGAUCCCUCCGGACCAGCAGCGUCUCAUCUUUGCCGGAAAGCAGCUUGAGGAUGGUCGCACCCUUGCCGACUACAACAUCCAGAAGGAGUCUACUCUCCACUUAGUGUUGCGUCUGCGUGGAGGUAUGCAGAUCUUUGUCAAGACCUUAACCGGAAAGACCAUCACACUGGAGGUGGAGAGUUCGGACACCAUUGAUAACGUCAAGGCCAAGAUCCAAGACAAGGAAGGGAUCCCUCCGGACCAGCAGCGUCUCAUCUUCGCUGGAAAGCAGCUUGAGGAUGGUCGCACCCUUGCCGACUACAACAUUCAGAAGGAGUCUACUCUCCACUUGGUGUUGCGUCUCCGUGGUGGCUUUUAAGUCUCUUGUCCUGUGUCUUAUUAUCAAGAAACAGCAAUGUCUGCGUUUUUAGUUCCGUUUUCUUAAAAGAUUAUCAUGGUUUGUGUGUUUUGAGGCGUUAUGAAGCGUCUCCUAAAUAAUUGAUGAACUCUGUUUCCCCUUUUCGUUAUAAGACUACUAAAACUUCUCUAUGUUGGAAUAUAUCGUGGUUGCUUGCUCU